UUCAAGGUUCUCACUAUCCGACAACAGCUUAAAAAUUGUUCAGAUUAGAUUUUUAAAUAUAUGAAACAACUCACUAAUUCGUUAAAAUGUACGGUUUUAACGUCCCAUUCUUAAUAUUCACAAUAUUUUUAAAAUUACAUUUAAGUUUAGCGGAUCAAUGUGUAAUAACAGAAUUCGAAGAUGUGUCAAAUGUGGUGGCAAACUGCAAAGAUAUAGUCAUUGAUAGCUUGAUCGUACCAAAAGGUCAACAGUUGACUCUUAAGUUAACAGAAGGAUCAACAUUAGUAUUUCGAGGAACAACCUUAUUUGAAUUUUUUGUGUGGAUAGGGCCCUUAGUAACUAUUUCGGGUAACAACAUUACUGUAAUUGGAGAACCAGGUUCAAGUCUUGAUGGUCAAGGCCCGCUAUACUGGGAUGGACAAGGUACAUGGGGUACAACAAAGCCAAAAUUUCUCACAAUUUCAGCAACUAAUGCAAUUUUGGAAAGUAUUAACAUCAAAAAUUGUCCUGUUGGAUGUACUAGCGUUUCUAAAUCUGAAAAUGUUACUCUUAGAAACUGGAAGAUUGAUAAUUUACAGGGAGAUGAGGGUGUAGCACCAGAAAACAAAUUUGGUCACAAUACUGAUGGAAUUGGUAUUAGUAAGAGUAAAAACAUUUUAGUAGAAAACUCUAUUAUCUAUAACCAAGAUGACUGCGUUGUCCUGAAUAGUGGCACCCAUCUAAUUGUUAGAAAUAUGUUUUGUCACGGAAGUCAUGGUCUUUCACUAAGCGUAGGCACUGCAACAAUUGAGGAUGUUAUUAUUGAAAAUUCAAUAAUCACGAUGGCUGAAAAUGGUAUACAUAUUAAGACACACGUGGAUGCUGGUAACGGAUUAAUCAAAGAUAUUCUUUAUAGGAAUAUUACUAUGCUGGACUGCAAAUAUUAUGGAAUCAAUAUUCAGCAAAAUUACGUAAACCUGCCAGCUGGCCAACCAGAAGAUGGUCCACCAAAGAACAAUAUUCCCAUACAUAACCUGACCAUGACAAACAUAUAUGGUAGUGUGCAAAGUGAGGCUGUACCAGUUUUUAUUUUAUGUGCAGAAGAUGGAUGUUUCGAUUGGACAUGGGAAGGGGUGGAAAUAUAUGGAACCGCUCAAGAUAAUUGCACCAAUUUUACUCCAAAUGGAUAUCAAUGUUGAGGUUUAAUUGAAAAAAACGCAAUUACAAAAUCAAUAUAAUUAAGCUAAUUUAA